AUGCACGAAGUCACCAAAGUGUUUUUGGGCGCCUCGUUGGUUUUGUCUAACGGAACAGUUUACUCAGGAGUUGGGACUGCUUGUGUUGCAAUGGUUGCAAAUGCCUUCCGUGUACCUGUGCUUGUAUGUUUCGAAGCUUACAAGUUUCAUGAGAGGGUGCAAUUGGAUUCCAUAUGCUCCAAUGAGCUCGGUGAUCCAAAUGCUAUUUCUCAAGUUCAUGGAAGAGACAGACAUAAUAAACUACUUAGAUAG